UUCCAGUGGGCAUUAGUGCUGAGCCAGGAGGUGCCACUGCGCAUGGGUUUCAAAGCUGCAGUGAUGUGUGAAAGUCAGUCAGCGUCGCUUUGUUCCUUCAGCUGCACAGUCGGAGAAAAAGAGGAAGCGGGGUUGAGAUCCUGUGGCUGGCUGCUGCUUCAGCUCUGAGUGUGAGGACGGAGUCAACAUUCUCACACAGCACUGUCAGGCCACAAGAGCUUCAACCAUCUCUUCUCCUCUGUUUGGUUUUAUUCUGAUGCUCAGAUAUAAAGGAAUCGAAUGCAGCCACCUGUUACCUACCAUCACAUCAUCGGAGUGCAAGCCAUGUAGUCCACCCUGUGGGCCUCCCAGUGCCCAGCUGAGUGUCCAGCCUGCUGCUCCCAGUGGGAAAGGCUCUUGCUCCUCACUCUCACCUGCCUCUAUCGCUGAGGACAUAUUCUUUGGUAACACCAGUGACGACCAGGAUGCGUGUUCAGUAGUCAGUGACUACGACUGCCCUGGCGUGGAGGCGGGCAGCAGCGUUGAAGAGCUGCUGGGCUUGAGCUCCUCCCUCAGAGACUCUGAGUACUUUAAAGACUUGGAGGAAGACAUACGUGUGAUACAGUCCACCAGUGAAACCUCCACUGUUGGCCAACUGGUGUUUUUAAACUCAGACCCUCCUCCCAUCAACAUACCUGUACAGACUUCUCUGAGCGCUCCCUCCCCUCAGGUCCACCCACCAUCACUGCCCCUCUAUAAACAGCCUGCAGAGGCACCUCAUCACUUUGUGGUCACUCAGCUUAGUCCUAGGAUACUGUCAGGUUGUAUCAUUGACAGCGGAGACUCCUCAGAUCCGGCAGUCGGGCUUAGUGUGACAAUAAAUCUAAACGGACUGUUGGGAUCAGUGGAAACAGCAAAAGGAAGAACAGGAUCAGAGGGAGUCGAGAUGGAACCCAUCAUGGAUUUCGAAGGGGAGCCAGAUGAGGACAGUUUUCCCACCCUGGUCAGAUCUAUGUCAACGUCUCGACGGCACAGCUGGGGUGUCCCUGUGUCCCCCAUUAACCUGGGGAGGAGACUGAGUCUGGACACCAUGGCCAUGGACAGUGAUGGUGAGAGAGACGAUGACGAGGAGAGACAGAAUAGUCUCUUCCAGCCCACCCAGCAACAGAGCUGCACCAACUGUCCUGUGGAGGAGAUAGAUGAGCCCAGCCCAAGGGUUCCCUGUCCCAGAGCCAGGGUCACCAGCAUGGCCAGAGGUGCAUCUGGCAGACAUCUGUAUUCCCGCUCAGAGAUCCUCGCCACGGACGAAUGUUCCCGUGCUGCACACAUUUCUCGUGUUGUACAGACGUCCAAACAGGCCGCAAGGGCAGCAGGAGCAGAGGAGUUUGACCCUGAAGAAAACCUGCAUUCUACUGAAGGCCAGAGCCACAUGCUGAUGGUACAGAAAGUUCUGCAGGAGCUAAAGCUGUACCACGGAGUGAAGCAGAGAAACAACAGAUCAGAUGUCAAAGUUUCAGGAAAUGUCACCUGGUAUGAGUUCCUCUCAAAUCAGAAUGAGGAAGAAGAGGAUCGUACAGAGAAGGUGGAGAAAGGCACCAAGGUGAAGAGGACUCUUAGCUCUCUGAGGAACAGGAUGACUGGCUCCUUCAACAAAGAUAAGGGUAAGAACCGAGAAAAAGACAAAGAGAAGGAAGCCAAAGAGAAAGUGUGCGGCAGCAGCAGCAGCAGCAGUGCGCAUUAUUUGGUGCCAGGCUCUUUUUCCAGUUGUGCCACCUGCUCACUGUGCAGCAAGACCCUGCAGAAAAAGCAUGGCCUGCAGUGCAUGAAUUGUGCUGUGAACGUUCACAAGAGCUGCAAAUCUCUGCUGGGUGAGUGCACCAGCACCAAGAAUAAGAGAGAUUCUCUCCGGAAGACCGGCUCAUCAGGAUCUCCUAACCUUGCUCGAAAAGAUUGGGACAGAGAGCGAGAUCAGGCAGACCCAGCCCCAUCACAGACCCUGGAUGGCUACUCAGGUUUGCUCUGCUACCCAGGCAUGACCAUAAGUCCCUGGGGACCUAACACUCACUUGACUGUCACCCACACAACCAGCUCCUUUGCCCCUGCCUCCAGCUUUGGCCACAGCCUCUGUCACAACAAUAGCUCAGGAUCCCUCCCUGGGGAGAUGGAUGAGACAGAUGCUCUCCGCUCGAAACGCUGCAACGAAGAUGCCAUUUCUCUUGCUCCCUCCACCACAGAGUCCAUCAUUGUAGAAGAUGCUCACUAUGCAGCAGUGCGAGCUGACCUGGAGUCUGAUGCCCAGGACCUGGAGGCUGAGUCGUGGAGUUUGGCAGUUGACCAGCAGUAUGUUAAGAAGCACUUGAAAGAAAAGGUGAAGAGACAGGAUGUGAUAUAUGAGCUGAUGCAGACGGAGAUGCACCACGUGCGGACACUGAAGAUAAUGCUGCAUGUCUAUGUCCGAGAGUUGAAGGAAAACCUCCAAAUGGACUCGGGCAGGCUGGACUGUCUGUUUCCCCGCCUGGAAUACCUCCUCGAACUUCACACGCAUUUCCUGUCUUGUCUUAAAGAGCGGCGGCGAGAAAACCUAAUUUCGUCCAACAACAGAAACUACACUAUCAACAGAUUGGCAGAUAUUCUGAUCGCACAGUUCUCAGGUGAAAUUGGAGAGAGAAUGAAGGACACCUAUGGAGAUUUCUGCAGUCACCACACUGAAGCUGUCAGCUACUACAAAGAACAGCUGCAAAACAACAAGAAGUUCCAAAACAUCAUACGGAAAAUCAACAACCUGUCCAUCGUGAGGAGGUUAGGCGUGAAAGAGUGUAUUCUGUUGGUGACGCAGCGCAUUACCAAGUAUCCAGUACUAGUGGAGCGCAUUCUUCAAAACACUGAAGCGGGAACAGAAGAACAUGAGGAUCUGACUCGUGCUCUGGGUCUGAUUAAAGACGUCAUCACUCAGGUGGACUCGCUGGUUAACCUUUAUGAGAAGACGUCUCGACUCAGAGACAUUCACAACAAGAUGGAGCCAAAGGCAAUGGGAAAGAUCAAAGAUGGCAGAGUGUUUCGCAGGGAGGACCUGGCACUGGCCAGAAGACGACUCCUUCACGAGGGCACUGUCAACUGGAAGGCUGCUUCUGGCAGACUCAAAGAUAUUCUUGCAGUGCUUCUGUCAGAUGUGUUGCUCUUAAUACAAGAGAAGGACCAGAGAUAUGUGUUUGCUACAGUGGAUAACAAGCCGUCAGUGAUCUCUCUUCAGAAGCUGAUAGUCAGGGAAGUGGCCCAUGAGGAGAAAGCCAUGUUUCUUAUCUGUGCUUCCUCCAAUGAGCCAGAGAUGUACGAGAUCCACACCAACUCCAAGGAGGAGCGAAACACUUGGAUGACGCACAUUCGGCAAGCUGUCGAGAGCUGUCCUCACACAGAAGAGAGGCUGUUCAGUGAGGAGGAAGAGGCACGUGUUUCCAGGUUCAAAGAGUUUCAAGAUCGGCUGAGUCAGAAGGACACAGUAAUCUUGCAGGCUCUCACUGAGAAGCUACAGCUGUUUGCAGACAUGGCAGAGUCUGUGGCAGGUCUGGAGGACACUGCUUCACGUUCUAGACUUUUGCUUCGAGGAGAUGCCUCAGACCUCCAGCAGGGGGAGACUCUGCUCAAAGGGGCCAUCACUGAGGUGGAAAACCUCCAGAACCUGCUGCAGUCCGGAGUGAAGGAGGAGGCUCCAAACUCUCGACUGGAGGAAGGAGGGGGCUCUGGGGUUCUGCCCAGACGAGCAGAUACCUUUGGGGGCUAUGACAGCAGCCCCAGCAUUCUCAACAAGAACGGCAGCGUGAAGAAGAACUCUUCUGGCGAAUCCAGAAACAGAGACAGAAGCCAGAGAGCCAGCUCUGACCCUCAGCUCAAAGACCUCUGUGGCAGCCACACCCUGGAGCAGACGGUUGAUGAAAGCACCUGCUCUCCUGCCAGAUGGAACUGCAUCUGGUCCAACUCCUUCCCUGAGGCGGAGUUCUUUGACAGAGUGCUGAUGCUUUCCCAAAGGCUCUAUAGUCUGCAGGCCAUCGUAUCGCAGCAGGACAGUCACAUUGAGCUGCAGCGGGCGUCCUUGACGGAACGGGCCGCCUUGCCCGGCCGCCACCGAGGGAACGUGCUCCUGGAGCAGGAGAAGCAGCGAACUCUGGCCUUGCAGAGAGAAGAGCUGGCCAGUUUUCACAAGCUCCAGUCUCAGCACCGGCAAGAGCAACAGCGCUGGGAGAAGGAGAGAGAGAGGCACCGGCAGCAAGUCGAAGCCACUGAGGCCAGGCUCCGACAAAGAGAGGAGGAGUGCCGGCGGCUGGAGGAACAUCUAGCAAAAGAAAGGGAGGAGCUCGACAGGCAGAGGGAGACUUACCAGCAGGACCUGGAGAGACUGAGAGAGUCCACCAGAACUGUGGAGAGGGAAAAGGAACGCCUGGAAAACCAGAGGAAGAUCAAGAGGAAGACGAUUGAGGUGACUCCUCUAUCUGGCAGUCUGAAUGGGGAGCUCCUCAUGUCCUCUGGCCUCACCAGCACCACCAGCGUCUCCGAACAUCCCCUGCCGCCGAAGCCUCUGGUGCGUGCCAGCCUGUCCGUAGCCCCAGCUGACUACGCAGAGCGUCCUGAGGUGAUGUUGCGACGGGAGACGAGCUCUUCUACUCUGCCGCUGAAGACGGAAGUACCGCUCCACCUCUUCAGCACGACCAACCAGCAGCACAAACUGGUCGGUGUGCAGCAGCAGAUCCCUACUAAGCUCGCUGCCUUAAGCAGCGGCAAAGGGAAAGGAGCCAAGAGUGGCAAAGCUUCGCAUCGCACUGACAGCACAGCCUCGGUGGAUAUGAAGCAGAUGCUGAAGCUGUCCACCCGAGAUGAAAGCGCCCUCAAGGCCAAGCGCUCUAUCAGCCCCCACCAGCAGCUCUCGCUGUCAGCCCUGCAUCACCACACAGAUCAACUCAGUACCCCAGAGACGGCUGGACCGGACAGCCAAAACACCUCCAUCACCUCCUCCGUCACCACCUCCCACCCUACAAAUGCUCAGAAGCCCCCAAUGCCUUCUGCACAGUCCCACCCUCCACCUCCCACCAUCCCUCCCCACCCACAGAGCACCGGACUCCUCCACUUUCAGCCCCAGGUGCAGCCGCAGGGCCUCAGUCCGAAUACCCAGACCCACGUCCAGGUAAAUCACGGGCUCAGCCACAGCCACAGUAUGCCACAGCCGUACAAGAGCCCCACAGAGGACCUCAAUAAGGAGGACGUCAUCUUUUUCUAAAUUCUUGUCCACUGCCGUCAGAUCAAGCACUGAUUUUAGAAAAACAAAAUAAAAUCCCCAAUAAUCCUCCAUUUUCAUUUAAGGAGCUACAUAGGUACAUAUUGUGAUGCUGAGUGUAUGUGCAGUACAGAUAAGUUGUGUUGUCAUUGGUAGUUUAAAUGACUGAAAAAAAAAUCACAUUUCAUUCAAAAAGAGGACUUUCUUUUAAACUGUUUUUAUUUAAUUUUUAGUUGUUGUUUUUUUUAACUGAAAGUAUGAACAAGUUACCUUUGGAGCACCAAAGGCUUCUUGUAAUGAAAAGGUGUAAAAGAAGUUAAAACAAUCCAAAGACAUGAGCUGUAAGAGCUGAAGGUAUUUGACUGAAAGGAACAAAGCAAAAGAAAAAUGGUCAGGUGCAUUUUUGGAGACUUCUGUCAGUUACUGAACUGGUAUAAAGGGUGAAGGUGCAGCGAUGGAGCUCAACCAUCUGCUUCUACUGGACCUGGAACCACAAGAAAAGAUUCAGCAGAAACUCAGAAGAACUCAUUUCAUUUGCACAGUGUGAACACUCCAUUCCAGACGAAUGAAUGAACUUUGUUGUCAUGAAGAUUCAUUUGGUUUUCUUGUUCUUCUUAAUCAUGUUUGUUGUCGAAGUGUUUCCAGUGGUUGUGAAACUUGACUUGGAUCUGGUCAGAGGACAGUUUCUCCAGGCUGUUGUAUAAUAAUGCUUCAUUUCAAUUAAGGGAGAGUUUGGAUUUUGUCAUGUACUGCUCUACCCGCCCACACAGAGUGAGACAAACUCAGUGACACCUUUCUAAUGUGUCUAUUGUUUGAAGUUAUGUCAGUUGUAAACUGCUUCAUGUCUGUCCCUGCCUUUUGUAUUUUUCCUUUCCUGAUACAGACUCCAAUACCUGGACGUUUGUAUCGGCAGAUACAGUGCAUUUGGAAAAAUACCAACAAAGCAUAAUGUUUUGCUUGUGGAACUUUUCAGCGUGAAAUAUUCCCAAAUUUUAGCUGUUUCUGUGUAACUCAAAUAUCUGAAAUCAGUUCUUAGCAGCAGAGUUCUUGCCAGUGGCAGUACAGCACAAUUGCUGUUUUGGAGCGGCGAAGAAUUGAGAAUUAAUUCUUGAUUUAAAUAAAAUAGUGAAUUAUUUUUGGGAAAAUAAAAGUUUAGUUUUAUGUGGGUGUAACUAAAAUACUAGAAUACCAUGGUAUCAGGUCAGUACUUGUGAGUGAUAACUUUUUAUUACAGAAACUACAGCUAUUAAGGUCAAUUUAUUUAUGUACCUUAUUUAAAUCAGCCAUCCACCUCCAGACUUGUACCUGAGUUGCUGUUGAUUCUGACACUCAGGACAUUAGCUAAACUCAACAACGUUCUUCGUAUCCUGUCGAUACCAAAAAGGCCUCAAUGACUUUGUCUCACCCUGGUUUCAUUUCCCAAAAACUGACACUCUUAGCAAGCAAUCUUUAAGAAAUAUCGAAUGUACUGUACUGUUCAUGACAGUUUUGUGGGUGAAAUUGACAUUUAACUGGACAAUGAAAAAAGAAUGGAGAAAAUGUGGAGUGAAAAGAGCUGUUAAGUACUAAUUACAACAAUUUUCAAGAGUUAAUAUGCACUGAAAUAUUGAUA